CAUCCACCAGUCAUCUGUUUAUAUUUGUUUAUAGCAAAUGUUGAUCUUACAAUAACAAAAAGGUGGUUACAUUUUAGUAUAGGGAGCCAUUCUCACUAUUAACUAGUUGCUUAUUAGCAUGCCUAUUAUUAACAUAUUGACUGUUUAUUGGCACUUAUAAAGCACAUAUUCUGCAUGACCGUAUUCUACAUCCCCGAUCUUACCCAAUACCCAAACUUAACAACUUCCUUACUAACCAUUAAUAAGCACAAAAUUAGGAGUUUAUGGAGGCAAAAGUCAUAGUUAAUGGUUUGUUAAUAGUGAGAAUUGAGCCUUAAAAUAAAGUGACCAAAAAGGUUUAGAAGAAACACAAUACAUGCACUAGAUUAGAUGGUAUGUUUUAUAUUUGUUUGUUUUUUUAUGUGUGUUUGUUUUGUGUGUGUGUUUAGUAUGAUUUAUUAUUUUUUUUCCAAAGCCAAAGUUUAUUUUAAUCCAUAUCACAGAUACAGAUGCUAAAUACGGUUGAAACCACACAGGGAAUGUUGCUGUACUGCUUUAUAUCACACACACACACACACACACACACACACACACACAGAGCAAGCUGAUAAGAUGGGAAUGUUUGGAGCUGUUAGGGAGUAAAAUGUUGUCAGGACUGUGAGUGAAAGGGUAAAUGAUGGAAGUGUGACAUAAACCAGCAGGUUGAACUCAGCUGAGAAAACAAAAGGGUAGUUAAUAGCCCUGCUGACAGAUGGUAGAACAAUCUCAUUUCUCUCCUUCCCUCAGUUAGUCCAUCUGUUGAACAUGCAGUGGAAGUUCUGCCCUCAGCAAACCAAGAUGGAUUUUUGUGGACUAAAGGAGAUACUUUAUAAGAUCCAUAACUCUGUCAACAAGCUUCUGCACUGGGCUCUGGUGCACUUCACUGAUCUCACAGCUGGACUACUGGCUCAUUUCUUAUUCAGGAGACAUUUUCACUUCCUCCUCUCUGUGCUGGUGAUGUUUGGACCUGUUCUGAGUCUCUGGGUCUCCAAAUACAGCAUAUUUGGCAACAAGAAUCACUACCUGUACAGGCUGUUCCUGCAUUCAUGCUGGGGCUGGACCUGUGUAUUAUGUGGCUCUUUCAUCUUUCUUCUCUCAUACUGCAUCAGUAACUCGUUCAUUCACUCAGUCCGUCACCUCUCUCGACUCGCUGUGGCCGGGACGCUGUGGACACUGUUCCGCCAUCUCCUCUCCUUCCUAGUGGACGCCUCUGGAAGCUGUUUUGAGGCACUUCAAAGCCCCACAGAAAUCCACAGGAACCCCAGAGAGCUCCUGGAGUCUACAGGCCCCUUUUUACUACUGAGAGAGGAAAAGGGUAACGCGGCCGGCCUACAGUGGCAGGGAUGUGAGGUGUCUGAUGACAUCCUCAUUCUGAGUUUAUGUUGUUUGAUUCUCGCUGAAGAAAUAGGGGUUUUUAGGCCCUGCAUGGCUCUAGGAAAGCCUGUAGGGACGCCGCUGAGGAUACUUUUCUUGUUGUGUGUGUUGUUGAUGAGUCUCUGGAUCUUCCUGAUCGUUUGCUUGCUAGCACACUUUCCGCUGUUCCCCUCCCAGCUGGUUGGAGGAGCUCUUGGGUAUCUGGGAUGGAAGGGCCUUUAUUAUAAGGGCCGGUAUGUUUUAAAGCCUGCCUGGUGCUGUGUUGGAAGACCAAAAGCUUUGCUUUCAGAUAACACAUGUAAUACUGCAUCAAAUGGGACAACAUGAAUGUUAAGAAAAUGACAAACAGAAUAUAUAAAAAUGUACAACUUUUAUAAAGGGGUGUCAAAGUCAAAAAAUAUACAUACCUUUCUUUAGAUCUAUAAGUACGGGGUCAACAGGAUUUUUUUUUUCUCUACAUUUUUGAAAGAGGUCUCGUAUGCUCACCAAGGCUACAAUUAUUUGAUAAAAAAUACUGCAAAACAGUAAUAUUGUGGAUUAUUAUUACAAUUUAAAAUAACGGUUUUCUAUUUUAAUCUGUUUUAAAAUAUAAUUUAUUGCCGUGAUGUCAAAGCUGAAUUUUCAUUACCCCAUUACGACAAUUUUUUGUGUCUUUGUCAAAUAAAAGUAUUAAUUUCUUUUAAAAAACAAUGUAAUUUAACAUUAUAAUUAACAUUAUUAAAGUAAAAUAAAUAAAUAUUCAUGGGUGUAUAUUCUGCUACACGUGUAUAAAACUCUUAUUUAGACUCUCAUUUUUAACACUUUAUAUUCAUAAUUU